UGCAAAAAGAAAAAAGAAAAAAAGAGUAGUUUGUACAACAGAUUUUGACUUUUGAGGAAAGUUUAUGAUUGAAUUGCAAAAAGUAUAUAAUUUAUUAAUAACUACAAUCAUCAGACCCACAAUAAUUAAAUGAAAAUGUCACCUCAACUGCUUUGAAUCUGAUAGAACCCAUUUGAGUUCCAUUUGAGUUUGAUGCUUGUUUUCCACUACCUCAAAACCUCACAGCACCGAGGAAAAGUCGACCCAGUAGAUCCAAUAAUAUAAUUCAGUUGGAAAAAAAUAACAAUCAAGAAAGCAAAGAAGAGAUGUCGAGGCGAUCUGGGAACUGUUUGAGAUGUUGUUUGGUGGCUUUUGCAGUGAUUUCUGCUCUGUGUGUAUCUGGGCCUGCAAUUUACUGGAAAAUCAAGAAGAGUAUUAGUUUGCAGAACGCCAAUGCGUCGUUGCGUCCUACUUGUACUCCGUGUGUUUGCGAUUGUGCUCCUCCUCUUUCCCUUCUCAAGAUUGCUCCCGGCUUAGCCAAUCUUUCGGUUACAGAUUGUGGUAAAGAUGAUCCUGAACUUAAGGAAGAGAUGGAGAAACAAUUUGUUGACUUACUGACAGAAGAACUAAAGCUGCAGGAGACUGUUGGUGAGGAGCAUAUACAUCAUAUGAAUAUCACUUUAGGAGAAGCAAAAAGGUUGGCUUCACAGUACCAAAGAGAAGCUGAGAAAUGCAAUGCUGCCACAGAAACCUGCGAGGGAUCCAGAGAACGAGCGCAGGCAUUGCUUACAAAGGAAAAGAAAUUGACUUUAAUGUGGGAACGAAGAGCCCGUCAACUUGGAUGGGAAGGGGAGUAGAAGUCAUGAGAUCGUGCAAUUGGUGAAUGAAUGGACCUGUUGUCUCCUUAGGUCGUCUCUCUCUUUUCUCCCAGUAAUUAAGUCGCCAUUUUCUUCCAGUAACUACAAUGGUCACUCAUAAUCAGAGCAUAUACGCUGCAACACGUCCGUAAAGGUUCCUCUUAUAUAUCAGAAAUGCAUGCAAUUGACAGAUACCUCUGCUGAUUAGCCAAGUCUAAGGAACCUUGGUAAUCAAUUUGAAUGAGCCUUUGCCUCAAUUAUUCUUUCUUUUUUAUUAGAAAACAGUUUUCUGUUCCAUACCUUGCUGAUGAAAAGCAGGAAUGAUGUUACUUAUGAUUACAGUGUUUUUGCAGAGAGUAUUGUCACUUUUCAUUAUGUUCUUGGAUAGAAAUGGAAUCUUAUUACUUGUUUAGUACAUUUUGAAACCCAGGAAUCUUAGGUCGUAACACUUGUUUGGUCUGGUCGGUAAAUUUUCUCUCGUGUGUUUUUUUCUCCAUUUUUCUGUCUUCUGGAAGCCAAAAUAAUUCAUUUUGGAACAAAAGAAGUAAAUUACUUACGACUUAAAAUGUCUAGAACUCAUUCUGCUUUAUUGCACAUAAUGGGAUCACAUCAACCGCGCCACUGUAUGCCAUUUAAUAUGCUUAUUGGCUUCUAGUUUCUUUAUACCAAGUGCAAGAAUAAAUAGCUGUACGACGUACUCCUUCUAUCCCAAAUAGCAUUGUCCAGUAUAUAUUUUCACUUUUAGUUCAAUUUGUAAUAGAAAUAAAUCCAAACUAGACAAUAAUUUCAGGACGGAAGGAGUAACUCUAAAUUUGUCGAAAUG